AUGUCGGGUGGCCUCCUGAAGGCGCUGCGCAGCGACUCCUACGUCGAGCUGAGCCAGUACCGGGACCAGCACUUCCGGGGUGACAAUGAAGAACAGGAAAAAUUACUGAAGAAAAGCUGUACACUGUAUGUUGGAAAUCUUUCCUUUUAUACAACGGAAGAACAAAUCUAUGAGCUCUUCAGCAAAAGUGGUGACAUAAAGAAAAUCAUCAUGGGCCUGGAUAAAAUGAAGAAGACAGCAUGUGGGUUCUGCUUUGUGGAAUACUAUUCAAGAGCAGAUGCAGAAAAUGCCAUGCGGUAUAUAAAUGGAACUCGUCUGGAUGACCGGAUAAUUCGUACAGAUUGGGAUGCAGGCUUUAAGGAGGGCAGGCAGUAUGGCCGUGGGCGUUCCGGGGGCCAGGUACGAGAUGAAUAUCGUCAGGACUAUGAUGCUGGAAGAGGUGGCUAUGGAAAACUGGCCCAAAACCAGUGA